UCUUCUGCUUCAACCACAUUUCCUAACUUCUCAAAGUGAACUUCAGCUCCAUUUGAGUGCAAGUUUGGAGGAGGAAAAGGUCUUACUGCCUUGUAAAAAGAAUUAAAUAAGGUUUCCUUUUCUUCAAAGCUCAGCGUUUUAGUAGACAGACUGAAGUUUGGCAGAGAGUUGUAUUUUGUUAUCCCUAUAAAAAUGUAUCUAAUUUUUUAAGUGAUUGAUAAAAAUUUUUAAGAACCAAUUUUAAGUAUAAAUUUUAAGGCAUAGAUCAGGUUAGGACAUCUGGUGAAAUCCGUGCCUGGACUUGGUAUACAGGACUAGAACUUCGAUUAUGUUUGGAAGAGGAGGAGGAAGCUGUAACUGUGAAAAAGACUGGGGGAAGAGCAGUAGUAGACACAAAUCUCUUAGAGAGAGAUUUGGCUUUUGGCUAAGAGAACUGGACACAGAAACAGAUGUGACGUUGAGAUCAAAUCUCGAGCCCAAAGGUGGUGAUGAGGAACUGCAACCACUUCAGUGAACAAGGGCAGAAAAGGCAGUAAAACCCCAGGGAAUUAAACGGGAGCAGGGAGAGAAUGAAAAGAAUUUGAAAUGAAAGUAGAGAAAUUAUUUCAUGAAGUGGUAAGAAACAAGGGUAUGCAGUUUGAGGGGGUUAAACUCUGGACAGAAACAGGGUUGAAUGAAUUGAAAUUCAGGAAGAGUAAGAAAGUAACAAGAGACUGUGGCAAGAAACUGUUGAUAGAAAUCAGAUGAGCUGGGAGAGCCUGUGCCUACAAACAUGGACUAGACCUCUUAAGUUUGUGGAGGUGCCAAUUUUACUAAUCGGCAAGUAGCAGUGAAAUUAACUGAUAAAACUUACUGUCUUAACUUCUUGAAAUAUUAUACAGCAAAGGGGAUGGUCAGCUAUUUCUGUUCUGAAGCAAUUCAUGAUAUUAGCAAGAAAUGAGGCAAUUCUGCUGAGUCUUUGUUUUCUUCUUUCUGACUUGGAGACCUACACAGGUAUAAAAUGUACCAACAGCAGCAGCGUCAGGCAGUGCCAAAAUUAAAGCUGAUUGAACAGCCUUCUUUAGCUCUGUCCCCCAGAGUGUUAUGAUGGUUUGCCAAAGAACCUGAUUUUUUGCUGCAGGAAUUGCGUUUGGAAAAUGCCGAACCGGAGGUUUGCCGAUGGCGAGGUGGUGAUGGGUCGUUGGCCGGGAAGUGUCCUGUAUUAUGAAGUACAAGUGACUAAUUACGAUGAUGUUACUCAUCUUUAUACUGUUAAGUACAAAGAUGGGACUGAACUUGCUUUGAAAGAAAGUGAUAUAAAGUCCCAAUCAUCGUUCAAGCACAGGAAAAGCCAGUCUUCUUCAAGUUCUCCUUCCAGAAGAAGUACUAGCAGAUCUCGGUCUAGAUCUCCCGGUCGGCCAGCAAAAGGCAGACGUCGUUCUUCUUCUCAAAGCAGAGAACAUAAAGAUGACAAAAAGAAAAUUAUUCAGGAAACCAAUUUAGCUCUACUGAAACCAAGUGAGAACAACACCAGAAGGUACAAUGGUGAACCUGACAGCACAGAGAGAAAUGACACAUCCAGCAAAAUCUUGGAGCAAAAAUUGAAACCAGACCUGGAAAUAGAGCGUGUGCUUGAUCAGUACAGCUUGCGUCCAAGAAAAGAAGAAAAGAAAAAAGAAGAGAUAUAUUCAGAGAAAAAGGUUUUUGAGACAAUAAAAACUACUGAGAAAGUAUCAUCAAAAACAAAAGAGCUGGAGUUUGGUGGAAGAUUUGGGACCUUCAUGCUGAUAUUUUUCCUACCUGCUACUGUAUUCUACUUGCUGUUGAUGUGUGAACAAGAUGACCCCAGCCUUAUGAACUUCCCUCCUCCUAUGCCAGCACUUGAAAGUCUCUGGGAAGCUAGGGUGUUUGGUGUCUUUCUUCUGUGGUUUUUCCUUCAAGCUCUGUUCUACUUACUGCCAAUUGGAAAGGUUGUGGAAGGCCUACCUCUUUCAAAUGGAACAAAGCUGCAGUACAGGAUAAAUGGGUUUUAUGCUUUUGUUUUGACUGCUGCAAUUAUUGGAAUAUUACUAUAUUUUCAAUUCGAACUUCAUUAUUUGUACGAACACUUCCUGCAGUUUGCAGUAUCAGCUGCAGUUUUUUCUAUGGGAUUGAGCAUUUAUCUGUAUAUCCGGUCCCUGAAAGCACCUGAGGAAGACCUAGCACCAGGUGGAAAUUCUGGGUAUUUUGUUUAUGACUUCUUUACUGGACAUGAAUUGAACCCUCGUAUUGGCAGUUUUGACCUCAAAUACUUCUGUGAGUUGCGUCCAGGAUUAAUUGGCUGGGUUGUUAUAAACUUGGUGAUGCUCUUGGCUGAGAUGAAGAUACAUAAUCAGAGUAUGCCAUCUUUGUCAAUGAUACUUGUGAACAGCUUUCAGCUUCUUUAUGUGGUAGAUGCUCUUUGGAAUGAGGAAGCUGUUUUGACUACAAUGGAUAUUACCCAUGAUGGAUUUGGAUUCAUGCUAGCAUUUGGAGAUUUGGUAUGGGUUCCAUUUGUCUACAGUCUGCAGGCCUUCUAUUUAGUUGGACAUCCUACUGCAAUUUCUUGGCCUGUUGCUGCUGCAAUUAUUAUUCUGAAUGGUAUUGGGUAUUACAUAUUCCGUAGUGCAAAUUCUCAGAAAAAUAGUUUCCGAAGGAAUCCAGCAGAUCCCAAAUUGGCCUAUCUGAAAUUUAUACCCACUGCAACUGGAAAAGGGCUUCUUGUUACAGGUUGGUGGGGUUUUGUCCGUCACCCUAAUUAUCUUGGUGACAUCAUCAUGGCAUUAGCAUGGUCCCUACCCUGUGGUUUUAAUCACAUUUUGCCAUAUUUCUAUGUGAUUUAUUUCAUCUGCUUGCUUGUUCAUCGGGAAGCUCGUGAUGAACAUCAUUGUAAGAAAAAGUAUGGCUUGGCAUGGGAAAGGUAUUGUCAGCGUGUACCAUACCGCAUAUUUCCUUACAUUUACUAGAGCACUCCAGAUACCUGUUUUGCAAAUUACUUCUAAAGUUUCUUUGCAAAUAAAAAUAUACCUCUUACCUUUGCACUUGGUCAAUUUAUUUAGGCUUUAAACAAACAAAAGUGACCAAACAACGGAGUGCAUCAACAAGUAUUUGCAAGUAAUCUUAAAUACGUGAGUUAUGUGAACUGACUGUCUAUGACCUCAAUUUAGAAAAAAAAAAAUUGUGAAUUUUAAAAAGUCUUGGAGCCCUAAUUUUUCAAGUUAAAUUUUAUUUAGAAUCCUGAGUUUACACUUUUUUUAUUACAUUAAUUAAGCACUGUGAUGUAAAGUAUAUUAUUUUCUUAAUACAAUAAAUAUGGAAGUUCCACCCAGUUAAUUUUUUGGUGUUACUUGUACCAUCUAACUUCAGAUGUCUGACUUACUUGCCUGAAUUGGAGGAGCAGGCAGUGCUGUUUUUGGUCAGUGGAGCUACAGGUGGAAGAUUCAGCCCCUGCAAGGGCCCACACCACUUGUGGUAUUGCCUGUGGCCCCUGGCCUGGGGUUGGCACACCGCAGCUGGGUGGUUCCUCCCCCUUCUAGCUUUUUUGUUAGUGGGAUUUUUGGUCAGGAAGGUUCAGAUGCCCCCUUCUGACCAGUGCCUGUAGAAGGGAUGAAUGGACAGAAUGAGGAGGAGAGCACAAAUACUUCCUCACCAUUCUCGAGGCAACUUCAGCAGGGGCCAAGAGGGACUCUGAGCUGCCCCUGGCCCCCUCUAGAGGGACGCCACACUUCUGGUUCAGAUUCCUGAAGGUAGAUGAUACAAGCGCUCACUUCAGCUGCAGAUGGAGCUGAAGAAGUGAGUAGUGAAUCCUAAUCCUGCAUCUAGAAACAAACACAGAGGUAGCAAAAGUUGCAAUGAUGCAUAUUUGACUGAAAAGAGUAAAAUGACCACAGUUGGCUUAUUCCGAUCUUUGUAAAAUACGUCUUAAUGUACCAUAGCAUUUACUGAGUGUGUAUAAUAAAGCUUCCACGUUUUCGCUGUACAGUGUUUGGAUUUGGAAAUGUGAUAACCUUUUUAGGAGCAGGAGACGUUUUUUUAACUAAAUCUAUUUCUAGCAAUUAAAAAAAAAAGUUCAUUUAAUAAAGAUUUUUGUAAAUUAAUGUAUUAAUUCUCAAAACAAUUAAAGUGUUCAUUUAAAUAUUUGUGUUGACAGAUAUGCUAUGAAAAUGUAGGAAGUGCUCCUCAUUCCAAAGUUGUUUUUUUUUUUUGAAUUUGGCAUUGCUACCUCAUAUGUAGGUUUUGCCUUUUGUACUGUUGCAGAUAGAGAAAAUAGCUAUUUUUUGCUACUGCUAUUUAAAACAUUUUUUACAUGAGCCUGUGGUUUAACUUGACCACUUUCUAAUAUAUUUUUGUAUAUAUUUGACUUUUUAACUGAUGUAUGUGUUCUAGUCAUUAGCUGUGUUCUUUGUCUAACUGGCUGUAAAUCAGAUGCCAUUUCAGUAUUUACUUAAGUAGAAUAACUAUAUUUUACUGAAAUAAUCUUGUAUUAAUUAACUAGAACUGUCUUCACAACUGCUAACUUUUCACAUACUUCAUAAGCAAGAUUUAUAGCACAAAUUCUCUCAAAAAGCUUAUUAGAAUCUUAAAUGGGUAGCAGAGAAGGAAUUGCAGUACAUUUGCAGUUGCUUGUGGGAAGGUUACUAACAAAUCAGAAUGUUGCUAUUUUUAAUUAUGGUCAGUUCUUUUGAAAUGUUGAUGUAAUUGAAAUUUAACAUGUGGAGUUUCUUUGUUUUUUUAAUUGAAAACCCUCUUUUUGUACACAGAUUUUUAAUGGUAAUUGUACAUUUAAAGUGUAUAUAAUGUAGCUUGCUGAGCUUGAUUUUUUUUGAGUGUCUUCAGAAAAUCUGUAUUUUGAUGUUGUAAGGAAAAUGUUUUAGGACAAGUACUUUGCUUGCUGGAAAAAGAGCAGUGCCUGUAACAACACUGAAGAGCAUGCAUUCCUGUGAAGUAGCAGAUGAAACUGGGAUUUUUUUAUGAUUGCUCAGUGGGUUAAUGGGAAAUGUAGCAAUCAUUUUACUGCACGAGCUUGCAGCUGGUGUUUUAAAAAUACGCUGAAGCUGGGGACAGUUUAACUCAGCCUGUGAACUCUGAGAUGCUACUGCCAUCCCAAUUUUAUCUGUUGCCAUACAAGAUUAUUAAAAUGUAAUUCAGAUCCUUUUCUUUCAGAAACAGAUCUUGAUUGGUGAUAACUUCAGUUUGUUCAUUUACAUGCUGAGUUUUAUGUGAAUUUGAUUUUGAAGUAAUUGUUUUUAAUACAAAUAAGCCUAUAAGCUAAAAUAAAGCUCUUGC